AUGACAAAAUCCAGAAUUCUCUGCUCUUUACUAUAAAUAAGACCCUUUACGUCAAUCUUGUUCUAUCAACAGAAAUCGAGGUCAGCAAGCCAGAUAUCAAAUAUUGUUUUAGCAAGCCCUGAUUACCCUCUUCGAGAAUUCAAGAAAAUGUCACUUAUUCCUAGCAUCUUUGGCAGCCGCAGAACAAAUGUGUUCGACCCAUUCUCUCUUGAUCUUUGGGAUCCCUUUGACGGCCUCUUCAACUCUGCAAACUUACCUGCAUCUGCCCGAGAAACUUCAGCUCUAGCUAAUGCAAGAAUUGACUGGAAAGAAACACCGGAAGCUCACAUUUUCAAAGCGGAUGUGCCUGGACUCAAGAAAGAGGAAGUGAAAGUAGAGGUUGAAGAAGGCAGAAUUCUUCAGAUAAGUGGAGAAAGAAGCAAAGAGCAGGAGGAGAAGAACGACAAAUGGCACCGUGUUGAGAGGAGCAGUGGCAAGUUUUUCAGGAGGUUUAGGUUGCCUGAGAAUGCUAAGAUGGAGGAGGUUAAAGCUAGCAUGGAGAAUGGUGUUCUUACUGUCACUGUUCCUAAGGAAGAGGAGAAGAAGCCUGAAGUCAAGUCUGUUCAAAUCUCAGGCUGAGAGCAUUAUGGGUUUUAGUUUCAUUAAUCAAUCUGCUAUUUUUAAAAGAAUUGAAGAUGUUAUGUUUGUGUUUCUUUUGAGUAUGCAUGUGUUUGUUGAAUGCUUAAAAGCAUAAACUGUACGUGUACGUUGAAAUAUUUAAUAUAUAAGUCUAAUUAAUCAAGUUUCUAAUUGAA